AUGGCGCACUCGUCACCGCUCGGCCUCCUCGAGCAGGGCUGCCCCAUCCAAGUGGAGCACGAUCGGAAGCGAAGGCAGUUUACCGUGCGGCUGAACGGUUGCCAUGACAAGGCAGUUCUGCUCUAUGAGUACGUGGGGAAGCGGAUCGUGGACCUGCAGCACACAGAGGUGCCGGACGCCUACCGAGGCAGAGGAAUAGCCAAGCACCUGGCAAAGGCAGCCCUGGACUUCGUGGUGCAGGAGGACCUGAAGGCUCACUUGACUUGCUGGUACAUCCAGAAGUAUGUCAAGGAGAACCCUCUGCCACAGUACCUGGAACAUUUGCAGCCUUAA